GAGCUUAUUAGGGUAAGCCAUAAGAAAUUCUUCACCUCGCAACACACAGCCAUUGACGGGAAGAUCUUGAGUUCCGGUGCGCUGGUCGAUAUGCGACUGCGCGAUGCAAUGGGGAUAACAAACUAUGUUAACAUUCGCAAUGUUACGAUUGCAGAGAUCUCAGUGCAUUUAAACAAUAUCAAGAAGCGUUUCGUGCGAGAUCGGGAUAUCUUGGUCGUUCGGGUUCGAGUGGCUAAAGGGGUAGACCUCAGCUUGGUCGUCCUGAUGUCAAUGAUUCGAGCGGAGAUGGCGCACGUCUGGCAGAAAUAA